CUUACGGGUUCUCUAACUUCUUCUCUCAAGAUCUCAGUUUGGCUGGUGCCUGCAGAGCGAGUGGGUGUCUCACCCGUGUCGGCUGCCCGAGUGACUGGGUGAACUGUGUGUGUGUGUGUGUGAAGUACACUGAGAGAAGGACAAGACUCGCUCAGUAUUUCUGAUUUAAGAAACAUCGGCAGUGAAGGAUUGAGAGAACCGCUCGACAAUCCCCGUCUUAUACUUAGACAAAACGAAGGAUCAACAAACUUUCUUAGAGUAGAUUAUAGUAAGACGAAGCAGCUAGUGUGUGUCCGCCUAGUUAGCGGUGGUUGUGCGGUUAGUGACUGUAGGAAGUGUGUAGAGUGAACCGCACCGUCGACCACCACUGGUUAACGGGGCCAGCCCGCUAUACAUUGAAGGACUAUUUUAAGAUCCUCCAGAAUUUACUCACAUGAGCUGAAACAAUCAACAAUUAUCGAUUACGUGUUUAAGUGUCUGAGAAAUGACAGUCUAGAUAUAUGUACAGUGACUUAUGACAAAUACACUCACAAUGGCGAACACAAGUUGUAGGUGGAGUGUAGCGUGGUGUGUGGUGCUGCUGGGCCUCGCCUCCUCCUCUACAGUGGUCCUCCAAGACAACGGCUACGAGGGUGUGGUGGUGGCGCUCGAGGAGAGUCUCCCAGCCUCAGUCUGCCAGGAAGUCGUCCAGGGCCUUGAAGAGGUGCUGGCAGCGGCGUCCACAGUGGUGUUCACUGCCACAAGAGGUCGUGCCAACUUUCGCAGCGUAACAGUGCUGGUGCCACCUACUUGGACCACGGCGUCAUGUCCACUCCUGGAAACAGUCCACAACGCCACGGGGGAAACCUGGGACAACGCUGAUGUGCGAGUGACGCAGGAGAGACACCCGCAACACGGACCCCGGCCCUGGACACUCCACACGCGGGGCUGCGGCCAGAGCGGCGACUACGUCUCCCUCGGACACGAACUUCUCCUGCAGAACAAUACACUGGCCAACGGUCGACUGGUAGCCCACGAGUGGCUGCAGUACCGGUAUGGAGUGUUCAAGGAGCGCGGGGAGAUAGGCACCCCUGUCCACCCUCCUCAUUACCGGGCCCCGGACGCGUCUUGGAAGCCUAACACCUGUGCCAACGUGCCCGUCGUGGCCAACCCCAGCUGUGACCCAGAGAACCUCUCCUGCCCCAUCAUACUCACGCAGGAGGACAACCCAGAUCUCACCAGCUCCUUCAUGGCCUUCCCCGAGGUGUCGUCGGUGACUCAUCUAUGUGAUGAAGGCACCCAUGACCGAGACGCCCCGACCCGUCACAACCUCCUCUGCUCCGGCAAAUCCGCCUGGGAGGUGAUGAGGGCCAGCCCAGACUUCCAGAACAACAGGAACGUGGAGGCCGGGCUGAGAGAGAGUGACCUGAAGGUGAAGUAUGUGCGGGCUCGCCUCCCCAGGAUCGUCCUGCUCGUGGAAGACACCAACGUUAUGAAUGUACAGAAACGCUGGGACUUCAUGCGCAAGGCUGUGAGGAAGAUGGUAACGUAUGACGUGCCUGAUGGCUACAGCGUUGGACUGGUUGUAUUCGACUCAAUAGCGGCCACUAAGUACCCACUGACAGCCCUCACUGAUGGGGCCACCAGGGAGAAGGUUGGUUCUUCACUUCCCCGCAACCCAUCACAAGAAGGCGAGCACAAACGUUGUAUUGUUUGUGGCUUACGUGAGGCACUACAUCUACUGCGUCAAGACGGACCCGGUGGCCAUGUUGUGAUGGUGACAGGAGGGAGUGGCAACCUCGGGGAACCUGAGGCCACAGAAGCUACUCACAUGCUGGCAGACGCUAAAGUGUCCCUCCAUGCUAUCAUCUACCCACUUACAGAGAAGUAUCCAAGACCUAAUGCUGGCUUGGAAACUCUGGCAUCACGUUCCGGUGGCCACAUCUUUAUCGUUCCUGAUGAAGGUAUCGGGGCAGACUCCAAACUUGGAAUGUACUACAACCUGCUGGAUUCCCUCUACCACACCUUGAGCGCUUUGGCCGGCCGUUCUGCCCUGCCAGUCAAGGUACACUCUGCCGAGCACCCUGGAGGUAGAGUGCCAGUUUCUGAGGGCAGCUUCCUUGUGGACCCAGCUCUGGGUGCUGACACGGUCUUCGCCAUUUUCUACUAUGAUGUCACUCACGUUGGUAACUUGAUCCACCUAGUGAACCCCCAGGGCCAGGUCAUCGACACAGCCAAUAUGCAGAAGGAAGAUGCCAACAUCAACAUGAUCACAGUGCGGUUGGUGGAGGCACAGGUCACCCCUGGCUUAUGGCGUUACAAAGUAGCAAACCGCGCUGAUUCCCACCAAGCACUAUAUGUGCAAGUCACCUCACGCCCACGCCCACGUCCAGAGACUCCACGAGUGAGCGUGAGAGGUUGGACAAGCCAUACCAUGGGAUUAGUCAAUGCUAGUGAUAUCUCACAGCCUUUGGCUCUCUACACAGAGGUGGUAGCUGGAGUGGCGGGCGUUGAAAGUGCCAUCGUCACUGCCACCAUCACCAAACUGGGCUAUGCUAGCAACGGCACUCAGCAUCAACCCCAAGAUGUCGAUUUAUAUGAUAAUGGUCUCACAGGUCCAGACAUGGCACAGGGUGAUGGUGUGUACUCCCGCUAUGUGCCAGGGCUGGAGUUGGGCAAGUACAGCAUCAUGGUGCGAGUGCAAGGUGAGGUUGAAGGUAACGAAUUUGCACGGCAUGUGAGGCUGGGUAUGGUGGACGUGGUAGGUACAAAGCCAUCUCCAGACGCUCUCCCACCUGCUAGGGUUGUUGAUCUGAGAGCCACACUCCUCCCAGACACUGCCAAUCAGGUGAGCUUCACUUGGACAGCCCCAGGAGGCGACCUGGACUAUGGAACAGCAGACCGCUAUGUGGUAAUGACUUCACAGAAUCAGCGCGACCUGGUUGAGGGUGGUGGUACUCUGCUGGAGGGAUGGCCAACUCCACUGGCCUCUCCAGCAGUACAGCAGCACACCAUAACCUGGCAGGAGUACAACACUGUCAACUACCUCACUCUGUAUGCUGUAGAUGAAGAGGGAAACACAGCUGCUCUGAGUAACAUUGUGACAGUGUUUGUACCAGCUCCUCCCACGACCACUCCAUCUCCACCAUCCUUAGCACCACCCGUCGUUCCAGCCAACACUUCAACCGUCAGGGAGGGUACUGGUGCCCCCGUCUUGGCCGCCCUUGAUACUCGUCAGUUGGCUGUUGUGUUUGGAUGUGUGGGUGGCUUCAUCGUGGUGGUGGCAAUCAUUGUCUGUUAUUGUACCACCGCUCAUCGCCGCCACCGGAAAUCUGCUGCUGCCAAAAAGGUCCACGAAGUUCAAGACGCCUAUAGUGUCACUGUUACAGUCGCCUCAAAAGGCACUGAGUUUCCCGAUGGUAAAGAGGCACUGAAGGAUGGCAUUAAGAAAGAAUACAUAAGUCCUGUGGAAUCGUGGUCUGCUUCUCAGUUGUUGAGUAGCCACCAAGACAGCAAGAGAGGUAGCGUGUCAGCUCGCUCUGACAACACCUCCGACCACAGUGCCUCAACUAAGAAGAGCUAUGGAGGAUCCUCUGGAGCCAUGGAUUACUAUGGAGAAGCCAGCCAGUACCAGUAUCGGCAUGCUGGUUAUCCAGACCACUAUCCGACCCCGAGUGAUGGCUAUCCUACUCCCACUGAAGGCUACCCAACUCCUCCAGAAGGCUACCCAAAUGAAGGUUAUCCGGUACCACUAGAAGCACGUUCUUAUAUCAGCUCACAGCCAUCAGACUCAUUCCUCUCAGUGUCCUGUGACCUCCUGCCAUCUUCCAAUGGACCCCCAGCCUAUGCUGCUUACCCUUCCUAUGAUUCUUCUCUCAGGUCCACCAAGGUUCCUCCGCCCAUCCCACCCAAACCCAAGGUGCUGUACACACCAGAACCCUACAUAUAUGACACCCACUCCCUCGACCCCCACUCGUCUACUCCAUCUGUCGCUUCUGAGAAGCGUGUACGAAAUGUAACCAUGGUGUAGAGAAUGAUGUGGGGCCUUAAAUAUGGUCCAUAACGAAUUCUUGGCAUUAUUAGUGUUAGUUUACAUUUAAUACCAUAAAAUCUACAAAGAGUAUGGACAUUGGAGGUGCUGGCAGCAGUUUUUGUACUAGAAUGGGAGUGUGGAGACACUGUGCCAGCUUUUGAACGUUUUUUAUCUGAACAUUCACGUUUUUUGCUGGUAAUAAACUCAAGAGUGUUUCAGUGUUUACCAUAUGGAUAUUAAAGUGUACCCAAGUAAAAACAGCUGCUUGCCGUCCCAAGGUGUUUCACCUGACUCAUCUACUUUGUGAUAUUGUUGUACAGUGUGAUCUCAGUAUGAGACGGACGUGACGUGGGUGCCGGAGCCUGAUAAUUAACUAGCUGCUCUUAUGUUUGUAUUGAAAUAACUCAUAUAAGUGUAGCGUUAAAGUGACGGAUGUUGUGUGUUAGCACGUGUUGUGGUAGAUGAUUCAGAUUGGUUAGAAGAGAACAACUUAGUAGAAAGGAAGUGAUACUUGGUGACGAGGACUGCCACAUGUUGACUUAGGAAAAGAAACACCUGCUGAUGAGGGUGACAUGUGCUAAAGUAAUGAAGGACAGGUGCCACGUGCUGGGCAAUAUGUCUCUCACGAGCAACGAAAAAAGUGCCAAAUUAGGUGUGGCAACACAGGAGGUUGGGAGAGACCGACCCUACAGGAGGAACACCAGAGCAAACCUUGUUUAUACUCUCUCUCUCUCUCUCUCUCUCUCUCUCUCUCCUUCUCUCUGUAUAUAUAUAUAUAUAUAUAUAUAUAUAUAUAUAUAUAUAUAUAUAUAUAUAUAUAUAUAUAUAUAUAUAUAUAUAUAUAUAUAUAUAUAUAUAUAUAUAUAUAUAGGUUUAUAUAGGUCAAGCACAUUGCUCCUCCAUGUAUGCUGUUGGUAGAAUACUGAAUUGCCUCUAGUCACUCCUGUGCAUUAAGCGAUACAAUUUUUGUUUCAUUCACUGUUGUUUUUUUAUUAAUUUUUAUAUAUGCUUAUGUAAGAUAUUUGUGCAAUUGUGUGAAUACUGUAAAUAUAUGCAAAUAAAUGAAUAUAUAUAUAUAUAUAUAUAAAAUGUUACCCAUUUAAUUGGAUUUGUAAAUUUCAUUUUUUGUAAAUAAAACCAAAAUGAUG